AUCGCGUGCUCUUACAACUUAUUUUUGACCCAGACGGCGUUCCGUAUCGAUGGAUCUGCAGUGACGUCAUAAAGAUGCGCCGCAUUGUCACGCCGCUACAUUGAAGAAACUGAGAGACUGAGCUGAUGGAGGCGAUAUUGGUGUGCGUGGACAUCCCUGUCUACAUUCUGUGAUGGAAAAGGCUCCAUCUGGGAUGAGCUUGACGGGUGUAUCCAGCAUUUAGAGACUGGCCUACUAAAGCCUCAUCAAGGUAACUCUGCAUUGAAAUGGAAGCAAACAGACCUUCCACGUUCACUUUCAAUUUUGAGAUUCCUGCUGAAGAUGAGGACACACCGAAAAAGGAAAUUAAUGCUAAUUUUCCGGAGGAUAUAAAGACUGAGAAGAGCUCAGGAGCUGCAGAUGCGGCCGCUGGAGAUCAGAACAAAGGAAGUGAGAUUGAAUCGCAGCCCUCAAAGAAGAAAAAGAAAAAGAAGAAAGAAAAGCCAAAGCAGCAAGAUGGCAGCAGGGUGGAGAGUGUGCAGACACAAGCGUCUGAUGAGCAGACGGUACAGCUGAGCUCUGAGCAGCAGCUGAGUCGAGAGUUAGACUGGUGCAUUGAACAACUGGAACUUGGACUGAAAACUCAGAAAUCCACGGCAAAGCAAGUGGAGGAAGCUACACGAGCGCUAAAGACCCUUCAUAGCAAUAAGGCUCCACUGGUGAAGAAGAGGCAGGUCAUGAGGAACAUGCUGGGAGACUACAGGAAGAAGAUGGAAGACGAAAGACAAAAGCAACUGAGGAUUAUGCAGGCAGCUACCAAGUCUGCCCAAAUAACUGCUGUCAGCAAACAGAAAAAAAGUCAGGUGUUGUGCACAAUGGCACAGAGGAAGAUACCGACGAGCACCAACAAGUCAUUAGUGCCAGAAGCUCAGAAUCCAGGCACCCAGACGUUUGUCUUCACUCCAGUUCAAGAGGAGUUUCGGUUUAACUUCUUUUAACUAGAGUUAGGAUUGCAUUGUGAACUAAUGGAUCCUUUUACCCUGGGACAGUUUUUAUGAUCAUCUGUUGUAUAUUUUCUUUGGCGGAUGUGUGUCACUGUUUGAUCACAUUAAACAAUAAAAAUGUGUGUUUUGGUUAAAAAAA